UCACGCUUGAUUUCUACUUCGCCGAUCGUUUUUAGUUUAUUUUUUCUUUUUAAGUUUUAGGUUUAAAUUUCAGGGAAUGGGUGUACUGGUUGCGGAGCCUGGGGAAAAUCAGAAUCAGACUGCUGUAGUUGUUGAUAAGAAGAAAAACCGUCGAUCUAGACGAUCUAAGCAAAAUUCUCCUCCAACAGCAAGUAGUUCGCUGACUGGCUGUCUUGGGGAAUCAAAUUUUAAGGGAGGUGUUCCCAUCUUGAAUCAUGAAGGAUCUGAAGAGUUUUCAUUGCCUAGAGCAUCAGACAUUGCCUUUACUUCCUUGCCCACAAUGCGUUUAAAUGAACAGGCAGCAGAGACUGAAAGUCUCCCUGUGCAGCUAACGUUUUCACCGGGUGUUGGUGGACAAGUAUAUUCAGGUUCAUGCCCAGACUAUAUUGCUUAUGGUGACCAGUCAAUUACUUCUUACCCACAGAGGAAAUAUUUUUCUUCACAUUGGCCAGCAGAAGCUGUUCAUAAAGCACUGGAGAGGGGUCAUGUCUUUAAAGCAUUAUUUCGUGUCAAUGCUCACAAUAGACUUGAGGCCUAUUGUAAAGUUGAUGGUGUGCGAACAGAUGUUCUUAUUAGUGGAGCUGCAGCUCAAAACAGAGCCGUUGAAGGAGACAUUGUUGCUGUUGAAGUUGAUCCUCCUUCUCUUUGGACUAGAAUGAAAGGAUAUACAGGUAGUGUUGAGAGUUCCGCAUUGGUAGACGAUGGUAUGUUGGAGUCUGACAAUUCAGACUUUGUCAGAGAGAGUUGCAAAGGGAAGAACAAGGUAGACACAGAUUAUGAGUUCAGUAGUUUUGGAAAGUGCUCUAGCCCCUUGGAAAGUGUGUUAGGUUAUAGAAGUGGGCAGUCCUUUGGAGACAUUUCACAUCCUGAAGAAAAGGUACCUGCGGAGAAUGAUUAUGUCAAUAGACAUAAUAUGACUGCUCCGAAACCUUCCAUGGUUGGGUGCUAUAGUGAAAUAAAUGAUGCUAUGCAUGCAACAGAGAGAUUGUCAGCUGCUGUGGAUUCAUUCCCAUCUAAACGACCAACAGGCAGGGUUGUGGCUAUCCUUGAGGGGUCACCUUGUCGGGACACUAUUGUCGGUUUUCUCAAUGUCAAGAAGUGGAUGUGGAGUAGAGAAGGUAACAAAAAGGACUUGAAGAAGAAUAAAUAUUUAUCGACUGCCUUGAACUGUCAAUAUCUCAUGUUAACACCAAAUGAUCCUCGGCUUCCGAAAAUGAUGGUGCCGUUUAAGAGCCUGCCAGACCUCAUUUUGAAAAGAUUGGAAGCUGGUGAUGUGGCAGUGGAGAUGGACCUAGUAGCCGCACGGAUUGCAGACUGGGCAGAAGAGAACUAUAUCCCAGAAGCUCAUGUCACUGACAUAUUUGGACGAGGUGGAGAACUGGAGCCACAGCUUGCUGCAACCUUAUACGAAAAUGCAAUUGAUUCUUCAGAAUUCUGUCAACAGACCCUAUCAUGUCUUCCAAGUAUCCCAUGGGAAAUACCUAAAGAGGAGCUUCAGAGUAGAAGAGACAUCAGAAAUUUGUGUGUUUUUACAAUUGACCCUGCUACUGCCACCGAUCUUGAUGAUGCACUGUCUGUUGAAAGGUUGCCUGACGGUAUUUUUAGAGUUGGGGUCCAUAUAGCUGAUGUCUCAUACUUUGUUCUACCAGACUCGGCUUUAGAUGAAAAUGCCCAAGCGAGGUCAACAAGUGUGUAUUUGUUGCAAAGUAAAUUGCCAAUGUUGCCCCCAUUGCUCUCUGAGAAUCUGGGUUCGCUUAAACCUGGUGUGGACAGACUUGCUUUUUCUAUUUUUUGGGAUAUCAAUCAAUCUGGGGAAUUUAUUCAGCGCUGGAUUGGCCGCACUAUAAUUCAAUCUUGUUGCAAGCUCUCGUAUGAUCAUGCUCAGGAUAUUAUUGAUGGGUUGCUUGAUAAUCCAAGUUCUUAUAAAGGAGAACAUUCUUGGCCAGUGUUACAUGGCCUUUUUAAAUGGUCUGAUGUUGUUACAUCUGUCAAGAACCUUUAUGAAAUCUCUAAAAUCUUGAAGAAAAAGAGGUUUGAAGAUGGGGCUCUGUCACUCGAAAGUCCCAAAAUAGUUUUCUUAUUUGAUGAAGAAGGGAUACCUUAUGAUAGUGUGCUCAGUGGAAGGAAGGAGUCAAACAUGCUUGUUGAGGAGUUUAUGCUUUUGGCCAACAGGACAGCUGCUGAAGUUAUAACUAGAGCUUAUCCUUCCAGUGCACUAUUGCGAAGGCACCCUGAACCCAACCUGCGUAAGCUCAGAGAGUUUGAGUCCUUCUGCUCUAAACAUGGUCUGAGAUUGGACACUACUUCUUCUGGCCAGAUUCAUAAGUCGUUGGAGUGCAUUAGAAGAGAGCUUGCGGAUGAUUCUGUGUUAACAGAUAUUCUUAUGUCUUACGCUGCAAGACCCAUGCAAUUGGCAACUUACUUCUGCAGUGGCGAUGUAGAAGAUGAAAAUGAUAGGGGUCAUUAUGCCCUUGCUAUUCCUUUAUACACACACUUUACUUCUCCGCUCCGGCGCUAUCCGGAUAUUCUGGUGCAUCGGAUGCUUGCUGCAGCUGUAGAAGCUGAAGAGGUGUAUCUGAAGCUCAAGUUGUUGCAAAAUCCAGAUCGGGGAGAAAUGAGACGCCAAAGAUGUUUGACCGAUGUAUACUUCAAUAAAGAUGCAAUUGAAUCACCUGAAGCUCAAGAAGCAUUAUCUGCAGCAGCAUCAAAAUAUAAGGCUCCCUGUGCAGAAACUCUUGCUGAUAUUGCUUCCCAUUGCAAUGAAAGAAAGUUGGCUUGCAGGCACGUGAAAGAUGCUAUGGAGAAACUCUACAUGUGGGUACUUCUAAAAAGAAAGGAGAUAUUGUUCUCAGAAGCAAGAGUUAUGGGUUUGGGACCGCGAUUCAUGUCAUUAUACAUCCACAAGCUUGCUACUGAACAGCGCAUAUAUUAUGAUGAAGUUGAGGGACUGACUGUGGAGUGGCUUGAGGCUACUUCAACAUUGGUACUUAGUCCGUCUACAAAUAAGCGCUUUAACAGGAGGGGUAGUCCAGGGAAGUGCAGAUCACUUGAAGAAGUAGCACUCAUUCUUAGCCCAUGUGAACUGAACCAAGAACUGGAUUUGUGUGGACCAAAUAAUCGGGAAGGGAGCGGUGUGUUACAAAUUGGAAAUGCUUCAAAUUCUUGUCUUCCUGGUAUACCAAAGAUCGAACCUGCUGUUUUCCCUGUGACUCUGCGACUUCUUUCAACAAUCACUGUUGCUCUUCACGCUAUUGGAGGAGGGUAUGGCCCCCUUGAUAUUGGGGCAAGGCUGUUUAUUAGUUCAUAUUUCAAGUAACUGAGCCUUUGUGUGAAUAUUAUUCUGGUUAAACUGAAGUUGGAAGUGUGAUAUCUUGGAAGUAAGUGCAACUCUGGUGUGUAGAUACCAAGGUAGUUUAUAGGUUUGAGUAGAAUUCAGAUCUUCCGAUUAGAUUGCCCGAUGCGUACAUAGCAAGGGCUCAAUGCUGGACUGACAUCUAAUAGGAUGUGUAGAUAAAUGGGGUCUUUUAUAUAGUGGCUGUUUUUAACCAAAGCUACCUAUAGGAUAUGGUCCUUAUUUUUGUUGGCCGUCUCCUUCCUAUAUAAGUUUAAGCCGACUCUGUUGCAUUGACAUUCUGAUGCCCAAUUUCCGAGACAAAUUUCUGUUUAAUGUUUUUCUCCUUAAGUUUCUGCUGGACUAGGACCCAUGGUUUUUGAAGUUGGGAGUCCUUGACAGUUCUACUUUUGUAUGGUCAUAUUUUGGGCUGUGAUUCGUGGCUACAUAAGUAUACUAUAAUUUUUCUUCUUAUAUAUCCUUAAAGAUUCCUGCG